GUCAAUCAUUUCGACACGAUUCUACACCCACUUGACAACGCUGCAGCAAGAUCAUAACAUACAUUUUGUUAAAAUACAUUUUCCAUUAAUUUAUGAAGCAAUAAAAAAUGCAAGCUGUUUUUAGGUCAACUAUUAAUCACCUGCCGAGCCGGUUGUUCCUGAAAAAUGGAGCAGCCCUACUUCACACCAGUUCUCAAACCAACGCAAAAUGGUACCCGGACGCAGAAUACUUUGAACAGUUUAAAGGUCCAGUAAUGUAUCCAGAUGAAACAACCAAACAUUGGGCUCUGCCGGGUUGGCAUAAUGAGAAAGCUCCAGUUGAAAAGGAGGUGAAAAAUGUUACUAUUAAUUUUGGGCCCCAACAUCCAGCUGCUCACGGUGUACUCCGACUUGUUUUGGAAUUAGAUGGAGAAAUUGUUAGAAGAUCUGAUCCCCAUAUCGGAUUGUUGCACCGUGGAACUGAAAAGUUAAUUGAAUAUAAAACCUAUACUCAGGCUUUGCCCUACUUUGACCGAUUGGACUACGUGUCCAUGAUGUGCAAUGAACAGUGUUUCAGUUUGGCUGUUGAGAAACUUCUUAACAUUGAUGUUCCAAUUCGUGCUAAAUAUAUCAGAGUUUUAUUUGCCGAACUCACAAGAAUCCUAAAUCACAUCAUGGGAAUAUGUACGCACGCUUUGGACAUUGGUGCGCUUACCCCAUUCUUUUGGCUUUUUGAAGAGCGUGAAAAAAUGAUGGAGUUCUAUGAACGUGUAUCAGGAGCCCGCAUGCACGCUGCAUAUGUUCGUCCUGGCGGUGUAGCGCUGGAUAUGCCGUUGGGGCUAAUGGACGAUAUUUUUGAAUUUGCUUCGAAGUUCAAUGAACGGUUAGAUGAGGUAGAAGACCUACUAACUUCCAAUAGAUUAUGGGUGCAAAGAACCGAAGAUAUUGGCAUCGUGACUGCUGAAGAUGCGUUAAAUUAUGGCUUCAGUGGAGUGAUGCUAAGGGGAUCUGGCAUCAAGUGGGAUUUGCGUAAAACGCAGCCAUAUGAUGCUUAUGAUAAGGUAGAAUUCGACAUCCCUAUUGGAACCAAAGGUGAUUGCUACGAUCGGUAUCUUUGCCGUUUGGAGGAAAUGCGUCAGUCGCUAAGAAUCAUUCAUCAAUGCCUGAAUCAGAUGCCACCUGGUGAAAUAAAGACCGACGAUGCGAAGGUUUCACCACCAAGUCGAGGGGAAAUGAAGACAUCUAUGGAGGCAUUAAUUCACCACUUCAAGCUGUUCACCCAAGGUUACCAAGUCCCACCUGGAAGCACCUACACUGCUGUAGAAGCUCCUAAAGGUGAAUUUGGAGUUUACUUGGUAUCUGAUGGAACCUCUAAACCAUAUAGGUGCAAAAUUAAGGCUCCGGGAUUUGCGCAUUUAGCAGCGUUGGACAAAGUUGGUAAAAACCAUAUGUUGGCCGACAUUGUGGCCAUUAUAGGAACCUUAGAUAUCGUAUUUGGUGAAGUCGAUCGAUAAACGCAACGUAUGAUUUUCAAAUAAUAUUCAAUUAUCGCAAAAUAUAAUAAUUAUGUUAUCGGUAAUCAUUAAAUAAUUUAUUACGUUCAUUGAGUUGUAUAUAAGAAUAGCUUACGACACAAAUAUGAAAUUCAUUUUAUUGAACCUCCCCAUGCAGUUUGUCAUUAGACAACCAGAGUUUGAUCCAAUUAAACAGUUGACGAAAUAAAAA